CUCGUCUCAUUUCACUUUUUUCUUACCUUUUUCUUGCAUUUCGGAUGGCGUUCUUCCCGUAUUUUGAAAAGCUCAAAGAUUAACUUCAUCAACUGUUUCUCAUCUUCAUCUCUUUUCUGGACUCAAGCCUGCCCCUUCUACCUGAUUUUGGGCGUAACUGAUUGAUGAGCCCGAAACACUGAAACAAAGUGAAACAGCCUAAACGACGAUUAGAAGAUGAAGAAGACACUGAGAAAGAGAGAGAAAGGAAAGGACAUAACCAAAAAAGACGAAAUUAAAAGGAGAAAGAAAGGAAAUAUUCAAGUUCCUGUUCUUUUUGAAUUAAUUCAUAAGGAUAUGAAUGAUCUCUCCUUUUUUGUUUAUCUUCAUCUUUCUCUCCCUUUUUCACCUUUUAUCAAUCCGUGACUCUUUUUCUUAGUCUUCAUCUUCUUCUUUACUUCAAUUGAUACCAUUUAGUUUAUGGAAUCAAUUAGACAUCCCAAUUACUCAGAUCGUUUCAAUAUUACGAUUUAAAAAUAACAGCCAAUCGAAUCAGCUUAUGUGCUUUCUACCCUUAAAACACCUAACACUAUUUUGAUACUCUUUUUACACUUACAUAGUUUUACUAACAUUUUAAUUUUCACUCAUAUUUAUACUUUAAAAUAUCCAUUAUUUUAUAUCAUCUCAUAACAUCGACACUAAUUUUUGAUAAGUUUUUAAAAUGAAUACCAGGACUGGCGAUGAAUUAACUUGCCUUGUUUGCUCUGAUAGAGCAAUGGGAAAUAAUUUUGGUGCAAUCAGCUGCGAAUCUUGUAAAGCUUUUUUUCGCAGAAACGCUCAUGAUAUCGAGAAACUUCGCUGUGAGUUCAAUGGUAAAUGUUCAAUAACCAUAUUGACCCGUCGCCAUUGUCGCCGUUGUCGUCUAGAAAAAUGUUUUCAAGUUGGAAUGAGAAAAGAUUGGAUUUUAACAGAGGAACAGUUACAGAUAAGAAGAGCUCGUAUUCAAUCACGUAAAUCACGGGAAAUCGCAACAAGAGCCAACAUCAAUUCACCUUCAUCUUCGUCCUCAUCGUCAUCUUCCUCGUCAACCAUUUCAGCUGUUCCUCAUCUUAAUUCAUCAUUACCCUACAACUCAUAUUCAUCAACUCCGUUCUCCUCCUUGAAUCAGUCAAUUGGUUUCCAUGGUCCAUCUACAUCCCACUCAUCUAACCUUAAUUACGAUAUCUAUAGCAAUUUAAACGAUGAUGAAGAAGAUGAAAGUGACAAUGACUAUGAAGAUUUGUGUGAUAAAAUGGGUAAAAAAAUAUUUACCAGUUCAUCUAAUAUGCUUACCAGCCUAUUGGACAAUAAACACUAUGAUAGCCAACAUGAUCACCAUCAAUCUCAAAGUUAUCCAGAUCUUUAUCCUGAUUACGGUCAACUUACAUCGCCAAUUUCAUCGAUGGUCCUCAAUGCUCCUAGUUUUUUGUCACCAACUUGUUCAACAAAUGAUUAUUUACUUGCUUCUUCGCCCGUCUCACCUUUGCCUUUAAAUUCAUCAUCUCACCCUUUUUCAUCCAACUCUUCAUCAUCGCUUGAUUAUGUUCAACAUCCAACCAAUAUCUUUACCAAACUUGAACCCAGUGGUUCGAUUGAAGUUGAAACUGUCCGAAGCAAAGUUUACGACCUUAUUAUGGGAUCAGAUAUAAAGCUACCCAUUAACCUGUCCAAUGAAUAUAUUACCUCAAAUUUAGCUCUAAAUCAAUUAAUCAACAAACGAAUGGACGAGCUUAUUAAUGCCUAUUCAACCCCUUUUCAUCCAGUACCAAAUGAAUUGUACGAUGCUUCUAACCAGGAAUCAUGGAUUUGUUUACUUGAUUAUUCGGCCAAGCUGUUGAUCGCUUCCAUUAAAAACGUAACCUCAUUUAACCGGUUACCUUUACAAGUCCGAAAUGACCUUUUCAAAGAGUCAUUUUCAAGUAUCAUCGUAAUUCGUUCAGUUUUCUUGUUUGACCGAGAUAAAAUUGAAUGGCGAUUUGACAGUUCAUCAAAAAGCAUAAAAUUCAAUCUACUUCGUCUGUUUGGUGCUCAAGCCACGUCUUCAUAUUUAUCAUUAGUCAAAGAUUUCGAUGAUUUAUGUGGAAGAAACUUGAAAGUUGGUCUAAUCCUUGAAUUAAUUUCGCUAUUCAAUUCAUCUAAUGUUGACAUGCAGCAUCAAGAAUAUAUCAGCAAAGAAAAGUAUAUUUAUACUUAUUUAUUGCGACGUUACCUUGAAUCGACUGGUCUUUCAAUGGCUCAAGCUCGAUCUGAUUCCUAUGAUCUUCUAAUGAAAUUGGAGCAAUACAAAAUGUGCAAUAAACCUUUGGAACACCUUCGCCAAAUUUGUGCUUAUCAAUCACAGAAAGCCGGUCAAUUAUUAUCAGAAAUUCUGGAUCUGUCUUGAGAAACGCUGAUAAAUCUUUCAUCAAAAUUAAAGCAACAAACGUACAAAACAUUAGAUGAUGAAAAAUUGCAGCCUUUACCUUUUCUCACAAAUCAAAUUGUAAACUUGAAAGUAUAGAUAAAUUAUGAAGCAUUUUUUAAGUAAUUAUAAAAGACUGAAAUAUCCAACAACUGAGAUUGGAGUGGAUUAACCUGGUUGAUGGAUUCCCAUUCACCUGAUCAAUUGGAUACAACCAUGAAAAACCAUCAACCAUGAAAAGCACAUUGAAAAUGAAAGUCCAAAAUGAAAGCCAUAUUUUAUGUUUAUCCAAGAUGUAUUUUCAAUCAACUCAACAAUUUAAAUAAAUUUAUGAUAACAUUACUCAAAA